AAAGCGAUUUGUCAACAAAAAAGUUCUGAGAAGGCUUUGGCUUUUCAAGGAAAUGUUGAAAAAUUAAAGAAGUUUUUAGUGAUAGUGCCUCAUUUUUUUUUAAGCUUAAACAUGGACAUUGAAAGUCAACAAGACAAGGAAGAUGAUUUCUUUGAGUACAGCAUUGUAAAAGAAGAAUGGACUAUCCAGGAAGGGACCGAACAAUUUCCAGAUGACAAUAAGAAUUUAUUAGAAGAUAUUAAGGAAACAGAAGAAGUACCGUAUCUGAUAACAGAACUUGGUGAGGAGACAAACUUAGUGGAAUAUCAGAGAGCACUUGUGGAUGAUCAUUUUUCGAGAAGUAUCACUGAAAAACACAAAUGCAACAUUUGUGGCAAGACAUUCUUGAUCUUCAGCGAUCUUCAAGCCCAUUUGCGUAAUCAUGAUUCGUUACUGCGAACCUUUCAAUGUCUUGAAUGUCAAGAGACUUUCACUAGCAGACACAGCCUACAUGAUCAUGUUCAAGAAAUUCACUCCAAAGAUAUACUACCAUGUCCCAUUUGUGGAAAAUUUUUCAGAGGAAAGAAAUUACUUAAUAACCACAUCAAGAGACAUGACACUCAGUAUACUUGUGGAAUCUGUGGCAAAGCGUUCUGGAGUUCUAUUUCAGUUCAGUUUCAUAUUAAACGAGAACAUAGGGUGCAUAAUAAGGAAGAUACUACAACGAGUAGUGAUUUAACUGAGGUUAAAUGUUUAUACUGUGAUAAGGAUUUUCUUAAAAGUGACCUAAAAUACCAUGUGUGGGAGUUACACACAGGACUUCCAGUAAAUAUAAGUGACGGCCCUAUUUCACCAAAAUUUUGCUCAGUGGUAUUGCCGCAAAUGAAUCUGGUGAAUUUUAUAAAGAAACGUAUUCCUAAACCACCUUUAGGGAAAAUCUGGCGCUGUCCAAUUUGCAGGCAUACAUUUUCAGAUCAAGAAACUUUAAAAACCCAUGCUAUGACAAUUCAUAGUCAUAUAAUUAUUUUUCCAAAAUCUCUAAAUACGAAAACGAAAAAUCAAGGCACUUUUGCCUGCAAGAUAUGUAAAAGAAUGUUUAUCAAACAGAAAUACCUUCAAACGCACGUGAGAAAUAUUCAUGCAAUUGAAAAGGAUUACCAGUGUGCUCACUGUCCAAAGGCUUUCUCAUUCAGGUAUCAGAUUGUGAGACAUUUAAGGGAUGUUCACUCAUCUAGAGAACUACCAUGUGAUCGCUGUGACAAGGCCUUCAAAUCACUUGAAGGACUAAACCGACAUAUUGCGAGGCACGAAAAGAAACCAUUCCAUUGCAAUCAAUGUAAAACUUGUAAGAGUACUUUCAGCCAAAGAUGGAAGUACGAGUUACAUUUACUUGAACAUAAGAAAUUAUUAAUGAAAUCUGUGAAACCUGAGCCUCCGAAAUCUUUUAUCAUUGUCGACAUGAGAACACCAGAAAUUUUACCACAAUUCACAGUACUUUCAUCCCCAAACCUAAAUGAGAUCCCUAAUAAUACGAUAAAUUCCGAAACACGGACUUACUACGCAUAUCCAACAAUAUCCAACAACAAUCCAACAAUCCCUGCAAUUCCGAAUACACUACCGAAGUUUGAUAUUCCAGUUUCAGUACAGUGCGAUAAACCUUCACAACCGUCUAAAGUAGCAACAUUCGGAAAAAGUAUACAAAUAAAGCCAAUUCAGGGCUUUAAAUGCCCGAUAUGCGGAAAAGUAUACGUUGAGAAACAGGAGAUUGUUGACCAUGUCAUGUAUCAGCACAGUGGAAUCACAAGAAAAUAUAAAAGAAAGAAAUCUACUAAGACUACCAAAACCACCAAAACUGAUAUUAUUGAAAUGGUAACAAUGAGAAACUACGUAAGAAAGACAAAUCGAUUGCCCGUUCCGGAAAACCUCGUGCGUAAAGCACUGGAGGAUAUCAUCAGUGGCAAAAAGAGUUUUCGCCAAGCUGCUGCAUUUUACAAUCUUAAAGCAUCCACUCUCAGUUGGAGAUUUAGAAACUUGAAAUUCUACCAAAAUGAUACUAGCCAAAAUCUCACAAAUACGGGUCUUAGGCUCACAGGAAUGAACACAAAACAGUCCAGCCGUCAGGUGUUUACCAUGGAUCAAGAAAAGCUCCUGGCACAGCACCUAAUGAAAUGUUCUCAACUAUGCUAUGACCUCAAUAUGAGUCAGAUAAGAGAAUUUGCCUAUUCUUUUGCCGUUUCUUUGAAUCGCAAAGUUCCGGAGAGUUGGAUGAUAAAUCAGAGUGCAGGACAAGACUGGGCAAGGUCCUUCAUGAAUAGGCACAGAUACCUUCCUUUCGGAAAGCAUUCGAAUACAUCAAAUUCAGAAAGUUCAUCUCAAAGUCUUCCAGAUGAUUAUAACAUGGAUGCUUUCUACGAAAAUUUGGGAAUUAUUCAGAGCAACACAAACGCGGCGAAGGAAACAGAAACAGGAAAAGAUGAGGUUUUCUUAGAUUAUAGCAUCGUCAAAGAGGAAUACUCUGUGCAGGAAGAUGCUCCAGAUUCAUCCACAAAUCAGAAAACUCUUGAGGAAACCCAUAGGGAAGCCCUUCAAUUCGUGAUUAAUGAAUUGGAAAAGAAGAAUCAUAAAUGUUCUGAGUGUGAUCAAGAAUUUUGUUACAUGUCAGACCUCAAGAGGCACUCUGUCGUGCAUACAUCAGAUAAAUUGCACUGUCCUCACUGUCCAAGAGCAUUUGUGCACCAAAUGAGCUUGAAGAAGCAUUUAGUCAGUCAUUCAGCUGCUCAAGAACCUCAGCCAUGUCGUAUUUGUGGCAAAAUGUUCAGCACUAGUCAAUCUCUGAGGGCACAUGUUGAAAGACAUUCACUGGACAAGAAGUACGAAUGUGAGAAAUGUGGAAAGAAAUUUACAGAUAAGCAAGAUUUGAAGAGACACAUCCAGAGAAUCCAUCAUGGAAGAAACUCAUCAAAGCUCUCAGGAAAGACUUUCACAUGCCAUUGUGGCAAAACCUUCUACAACAAAACCCUCUAUGACAGGCAUAAGGUGACUCAUAGUGAGAUUAAGACCAUUCCCUGUCCCAUUUGCUCCAAUAAAUUCAAGAGUGUUCUACAUUUGCGAUCACAUUUGUUGGUCCACAGCGAUGAAAAACCAUUUCAGUGUCGCGUCUGUAAGAUGACUUUCAAGAAGAAAUCCAUUCUCAAGCAACAUGCUACUACCCACACAGGAUCUACGCCAAAUUGUCCCUAUUGCAGGAUUCCUUUGAGGAGUGCUGUUGGAGUUAAGAAGCACAUUGAGAUUUUCCAUCGAGGCCUUCCUGAGGACAUCCCUGACAACUUCUCAGCAAACAAUCCGAUAUCUUGCACUAUUUGCAGUAAAGUCUGCAAAAAUCUCGAAACCCUCAAGGCACACGUAAAGAUUCAUCCUGCAAAAAAAUCAAGUUCCUGCGAGAUUUGUGAAAAAGACUUCAUAGACGAUGAAGCACUAAAAAGGCACCAAAAGCUCAAACAUGAAAAUUCUUCCACUCCGUUAUUCUCUUGCGAUAUUUGUGGGAAGAAUUUCGUCAAGAAGUAUGGAUUGAUGAGGCACAUGGAGACACAUAAAAGCGAGAGACCACGGUUUUCUUGUAAAAUCUGUGGAAUUAAACAUGUUUCCAAGUACAAUCUGCAAAAGCACGAAUUAAUGCACAACAUCAAUGAAGAAAUCUUAGGAGAAGAUCACCAAGCAACCAAGAUUAAGAUUGAAGAUACAGAAAUGCCGACGGAGACUCAAGUUGAACUGGAAUCUAUCACAAUAAAAUCUGAGCCAGAGUAAAUCUUCACUGAAUUUUUUUGUAACUCGGAAAAAAGG